AUGCUGGGGAUUCUCUGCCUUCUCAUCGCCGCGCUGACUGGUGGCGACGCGGCCAAGGUGCUGACCCAGACGCCGGCGGUUCUGACCGUUCCUGGAGGACGAGAGGUGGUUCUCGAUUGCAACAUUCAGAGGGAUGAUGACUAUGAAGUCAGCUUUUAUAGACAGUUUCCUGGAGAUGCUCCUCAGUUGAUUCUACGGCAUCGCCGUUCAUAUUCCUCACCUUACUAUCAUUCAGGAUUCUCCUAUCGUCAGUUCGGUGCCAAAACAUCCUCCAGUGUGGAUUUCCAAUUCAUCAUUAAACAGGCAAAGGCAGAAUAUUCUGCUGAGUAUUAUUGUAAGACGUGGGAUACCUCUGCUCGUGAAACAGUAUCACAUGUCAUCACUGUGGUAUUCGGCGGAGGGACCAAGCUGCUUGUGACAAGCUCUGACGUGACUCCCCCCGUGGUGACUGUCUUUCCCCCGUCCAAUGAUGAGGUCCAGUCCAAACAGGCCACUCUAGUUUGCGUGGCCAUUCAGUCAACCCGGUACGCUGACGUCACUUGGCUGGCUCGCGGCCUUCCGGCGACGGGCACCGUUGCCACCGGUCCUGCCACGCGAGAAACAAACGGCAACUAUAAAAUCAGCAGCUAUCUCACCGUGCAGACGUCCGAAUGGAACUCGGACGUCCCUUACACUUGUAAGGUGUCUUUAGGCUCCCUGUCUGCUGAAAACACCAUCAGCAAGUCCAAUACUUCCUCUCCGUCUCAUUUAAAAGCUGUGUGGCGCAUCUACAACUCACUGAUGUUCAGCGACACCAUGUUGUGGAUUCUCUGCCUUCUCAUCGCCACGCUUACUCGUGGCGACGCGGCCAAGGUGCUGACCCUGACACCGGCCGAUCUGGCCGUUCCUGUAGGACAAAAGGUGGUUCUCUAUUGCCCUGACGCGACUCCCCCCGUGGUGACUGUCUUCCCCCCGUCCAAUGACGAGCUCCAGUCCAAAGAGGUCACGCUGGUCUGCGUGGCCACUCUGUCCCACCUGUAUGCUACAGUCACUUGGCAAGCUGGCGGCUGUCUGGCGACAGGCACCAUCACCACCGGUCCUGCCACACGAGAAGCGACUGGCAGCUACAAAAUCAGCAGCUAUCUCACCGUUCAGACGUCUGAAUGGAGCUCGGACAUCCCUUACACUUGUAAGGUGUCUUCGGGCUUACAGUCUGCUCAAAACACCAUCAAAAAGUCCAACUGUGCGACUUAG